AUGCUUUGCUGGCCUCUUUCUGCCCGUGGGCUUUUUCAUUGUUUCAAUUGUCAUGGUUUUGGCCACAUCACAAUUAUCUGUCCCUCCAAGGCAUCUUUUGUGCCUCCUCUUCCGUCUCGUCUUCAAGGUAUGACUGCUCAAUAUCCUUCACAUGGUGGCCAUCAACAGUGGGUUGCUGAUACCGGUGCGAACACUCAUAUUACCAACGACUUGAGCCACUAUCCCUUGCUAGAGAAUAUCAUGGUUCUAACAAUGUUGGAGGUGUGCUUGGUGGAAUAG